UCUUCGAGCGCAGUCACGUACAUAUUCAUGGUUCUGCCAGUGCUGCGAGCAUCGUCGCCUUGGUUGCGGACUUGCGCUGAAACCGUGUCGUCAAACGGCCACCGUGAACAGUGCUUCAGCAGCUGUCGGGGCCGAAUGGUUGGCCUCGUCAACCCUUGAUCUAGCCGCUUUCUCUCUCUUUCUCUAACUUCCGGUUUCGACUGGCCGAGCGGCGUACGGGUCGCGUGUAAAGCUACCACGGUGACCGCGAGAGGAACGGAGUUUGAUCGUUGAGGGACGUGGAAGGAUAACCGAUACCAACAUGAGACAUUCACUCGUCCUCGUCUUGUGCCUCCUGGUCAUUUUCAGUUUUUGUGGUAUAAACGCGAUAAAAUGUUACCUUUGUAACAGUCACACUGACAGCCGAUGCGCCGAUGAUGUCCCUCCUGAUGCCCUGAAAAAAGAUUGCGCCGAUCUCAAAGACGGUGCUAAAUACACGAUGUGCAGAAAGAUCAAACAAGUGAUUGAGUUUAGCGUUAACGGACUUCCACCUGAUACUCGAAUUAUAAGAGGCUGCGGAUGGGACGAAUCGAAUUACAAGAAACGAUGUUAUCAACGAAGCGGUUUCGGUGGCCGUCAAGAGGUGUGCUCGUGUUUGGAUGAUUAUUGCAACACGGCGACACCGAACAUCCUGCCGCCGAAAUCAUUAAUCCUGUCCUGUGUACUCGGCACUGUUUUACUAGCAUUCAUUCGUAAUUAGUUUCAAGGAAAUUAAACCUAUUAACGAACAGUCUACGAAGAGAUGGGUUCGAGAUUGUUAGUACCUACCUACAGGCAGCUUCGACUUCGCGUUCUUCGAGAAACAGAAGUAUACGGAUGGAUAACGGAACUAGUCUCUCAUUGUCAAAGGAAGUACAACCUGAUCUCUGGUAUCGGGUAACAAAAAUUUCAAAGUGAAAAAAUCGUUGUUGAAGCGGCCAAAUAUUCUUGCGUUAUCUAUCGGUAAACAAAAUGCUGGCGAAUAUGAGAAGGAAUGUUGAAAGAAAAUUCUAGAGACAGUGCAGUGGCUUCCUCCUGUCCAUUGGUUAAACAUUAUCGUAGUUCUAGAGAUAAAACGUGCACACUGUUCCUGACUGCCUGUUCAUUUUGAACUCAACUCACCAUGGAAGAAAAUUCAAUUCAUUAUUACUCUCUUUUCGAAUCUUGAUGGAGGGUAUACAAUCAAAUCGUUUCUCAUAAAUUGUUUUUCAAAGAAAAAAAAAAAAUAUCGAACAAUUUGGCAUAGAAUUGAUUUCUCUGCUCGAUAUUUACUCUGAAAUUCUUCCAGAAUCUUUUUCCAAUUGUACAGGUAUUCAGGAACGGUACAAUUUUUGGUACUUUUUGCGAUACGUCGAACAGCUUGGCGAGCACUCCUUGAUCAUGCAUAAUUCUUCUUGAGAAACUCCAAUAUAGGGUGCUGAAGGUGUGACAACAGUCGCAUUGUGUUCACUCGACAAUUUUUUGCGUAGAGCUUAAGAAUGAUAUAACACACAAGUAACAAUUACGCAACUUGUUAAAAGUCAAUAUGUUGUGACAACGUUCGCGAAAGGAAGGGAAAAAGAACAUCUGUAUGAAAUGUUUUUGCAAAGCGAGGAAAAUAUAUCAGGGUUGUCGUUGCGGAAA